AUGGAGGACCAGGUGGCUCGGCUGGUUGACAAGGCCUGGGACCGGUUCCUCGAGAGGCCCCCUGACCGCAGGCUGAUAAUCGCCAUCGCCGGCAUCCCUGGCUCAGGGAAAACCACCCUCGCCUCGGUACUCACCAAGGCCCUCAACACACGGCACGCGGCGCUGCACGGGCCCGGCGCGCCGCCCGUCACGGCGUUUGUGCCCAUGGACGGCUACCACCUGACGCGCGCCCAGCUGUCGGCCAUGCCCGACCCGGCCAACGCCCACGCCCGCCGCGGCGCCGAGUUCACCUUCGACGGCGCCGGCUUCCUGCGCCUGGUGCGCGCCCUGCGCGAGCCCCUCGGCCCCGCCACCGCCGAUGUCCUCGCCCCGUCCUUCGACCACGCCGUCAAGGACCCCAAGGAGGACGACAUUGCCGUGCACCCCACGCACCGCAUCGUCGUGCUGGAGGGGCUGUACGUGUUGCUCGACCAGGAACCGUGGCGCUCGGCUGCAGCGCUGACUGACGAGCGGUGGUUCGUCGAGGUCAACUUUAGUGUCGCGCGACGGCGGCUGGCGCGGCGGCAUCUGGCAGCGGGCAUCGUGGCCGACCUAGAGGCGGGCGACCAGCGGGCCGUGGGCAGCGACCUAGUCAACGGCGAGCAGAUUGUGCGGCUGCGGCUGCCGGUUGACGAGGUAGUCACCAGCCGCGAGGACGGCAGGUGGGUGCACGAGUGA